ACAACACAAACGACGCACGCGAGUCGGUGGUUCGGAACCGUUUUGGCAAUUCCUUCGCAGUGUAGUUGGUACGGAGAAAAGUUUUAUCCUUUGCGAGAAAAUUGCCCGAAAGUAGGCAAAGUAGUGUGUAGCGCAAUACCUACGGUGCUAUGUGGCUUUCCGUGAAGUGCCGUCCAUCUCGUUUCCGGUGGUGGCAUUAUGUGUUUCUAAUAAGUGACAGUCAAUAAUUGUACCGAAAAUGAAGAGUUAUGAAAUUAGUUUGAGUCAAUGGAUAACGUUUUUCAGCAGUGGGAUUAUGAGUAUUCCUUGAGGUGGUAAGUGGGUUGUGAGGGUAGACGUGGGAGGUCGUACGCGGAUAACUAACUAACCGAAAUACAACUACCAGUGCAGUUUUACGAGCUAAAGAAGAGUAUCAGAAAGACAGCCGAUAAAAUCCACGGCCAAUAGAAGCAAAAGGCGAGUGCAAUAAAUUCAAAUGAGUACAUCAAAACUUCGGGGAAAAUCGGCAGUUCAUAUCAAUGAUAGUGUAAUCAGUACCAAUACUAGCAGUUCGCACAACUCUUUGCUCAAAAUUGAAUCUGUCGUGCCAAAGCUUACCGCUCGUAUUAGUAAUACUAACAAUUUGAGCCAUUCAAAUAGGCUCAAAACGUUUCAUCGAUCUCACAGCACACUAGGAACUUCCUAUUUGAAGAAAGCUGGCGAGAAAAGGCUUUUCGUCCCACGCGAACCCGUAAACGACCAACCAGGCGAGUCACCAAGGGACCAACAGAAUCCUAGUCAUAGCGAGCCACAACCGGAUGGCUCAGUUUUAGUUCAAAAUGGAAUUACUACUAUAAAACGAUCGGAAAGGGAUCGCGAAAAACAUCCGGACCGAGUAAAUCUUGAUCGAAAGGGUCUCGGAUCUAUUCCAAUUAUUGAUGAUGAGCCCAACCUACGCUUGCUGUCACUGCAGCAUAAUCUCAUCAAUACCUUUCACAUACCUGCCGAAACGGAUUCGAACAACAAUGAAACGAAACAAGCAGGUCACAGUGCAUCAACUCCGGUUAAUUCGGUUAACCAGAACCAAGCAAAAUCAACUGCACCGACGGUGCCGUCGAAUGCCGCGAAUAAUGCACACAAGGAAGGCUCCUCGACGAGCACCCCUACAGUCACUGCCACUGCAAGCAGCUCUCCGUUUGCAACCAGCCAUAACAUAAAGCAAUUCCUUCGUCAAAAAUCAACAUCUCGAAAUCAGCUGUACAUGAACAGCAACAACAUCAACUAUCUUUCCAGCAAAGUUACCUUAGGCGCCAAGCCAGUCAAUGGCCUCACACACGCCAGCAACGGUCAAUCUCCUACAAGUGCCACAAGCCCAACCAGCACCACGUUCCUGCAGAAGCCAUCAUCCAUCCUGCUGACUGCUCAACACCGAAAUCUACUAAAAAGGUCCAAUAGCUUCAUCAGUAAUGCAACAUUAUUUCCCUCUCCGCCCGCCCACCAGCAGCAAACCGCAGCCAACGCCGCAAAGCUGAAAAAUAAACUACUACUAACACCUUCCUUCAGCAUCGAUAACCUAAAUAGUGCAAACGAGGUGAAUGUAGUCCACGAUGCCACCAGCAAUGGGAACAGUAAUAACAACAGCGGUAAAACAACCCCAACCAACCCACCACCGCCCAACGGUGUCAAUCACUACAUCAACCCCCAGAGUCACAUCUCCCCGAUUCUAUCGGCGGCGGAGCCGCGGUACAAUUUGCAAAAUCUAGUUUUUCUGGAUCUAUACGACAACCAAAUCGAGAAAAUUUCCUGUUUGGAUGGCCUAAAAUGCUUGACGGUGCUUUUGCUGGGCAAAAAUCGUAUCACUGACAUCGGUGGUCUCGCUUCUUUACGCCAAACGUUACGAGUGCUCGAUCUCCACGGCAACAAAAUAAGCAAUAUUGCAUCUAAAAUCAACCAACUACAAGAGCUGAAAUCUUUGAAUUUAGCCGGAAACCAACUACGGCAGAUUAAUGCUCAAGAUUUCAACGGGCUGGUUAACCUGAAGGAACUGAAUCUGAAGAGGAACCGAAUAAGAAAGAUAAACGGUUUCGAUGACCUACGCAACUUGGAACGACUGUGGCUCUGCCACAAUGACCUGCAGUGUGUUGAAGACAUGUCAGCGAUCGCGAAAGCGAUCAAUCUAAAAGAGGUAACCAUUGAAAACAACCCAGUGUCGCUAGCGGGAGACUGCGUUUCUUUCCUGGUCAGCUAUCUACCCGGACUGGUGUCACUCAGUCAGAUGCAGAUAACCGAACAAGUUCGACGAGCAGCUUCCGCAUGGCGCAAAAAUAAAGAACUGUCCGAUAUGAACUACACAAGCCUCUCCACCGACGUUUGCCAGAGCAUACGACGGGAGGAAAUAAUUUCCAACGCGAGAACAAACUGGGAACUGCUCCGAUCUCAGCAGACAAUCGCUUGCCGAAACGUUCAACGAAAUACUAACAACAGCCAAACAACGGUCAACAAGGACGCAGAUGUAGACUCAACGCAAGCUAUCGCAUCCGAAUCCAGCAAGCCUUCCAUUAAAUCCAAAAAACCCACUGCUAACACUAACGGAUCGACCGUUGCAAACGUUCAGCGGCCGUCUCGAGCUGCCAAAAAGACACAAAAUCGCAAGCUCAUUCGAUCUUCAUCGCAAGAUAAUUCCGGAUCGCAGAUUUCUGAACAAGGCGGCGAAGAUUACUUUCGACUGCCACCAAUUCUGGCUCCAUUCCUGGAGCAGAAUCCGGUUACUGUUGCCUCAACUAAUAAAAUCGAAUCAUCCGAAUCCAGCACUUGCCUGCAUCCGGAUUCCAGCGUUUCCAGCGCCUUCAGCUCGGAUAACGAAGAAGCAAACUUGAAAGAUACCGACAAAAGUUCACCAACGGAAGCAAUUCAAAGCGAGCUCCUUUUAACACCCGUGAAAACACUAGACUCAUCUCCAUCGAAAAUUGCUCCUAAUGACGGGGUCAAAACUACCAACUGCGACGUCACAAUACCAGUGGAACUCAAUUCUGUAAUCGCAAGUCCUCCAGAUGAAGCAUGCAACGAUAAAAUGUCCACACUUUCGACGAUAUCGUCAAAGACGGCAUCCGAUUCCAACGGUACUGCAUCAUCGGACGAUCGGCACACCGCACCAACAAAAGUGCGCAGCACUGUACCGGUCAAACGAUACGGUAUAGGCACGCUGGUUCGUACAAACACCGCCCGAAGCUCCGUCAUCAACAAUGCCAACACCCUAGCCAACACAUCGAGCCUAGCAAACCCCAGCAUUCCUACUCCAAGUUCCUCAACAAGCGGCCCAAGCAUAUCCGGCAGUGCGGUAGCUAACACUACCUUUGUUCCAUCGACCAAAUCCAAGGUAACCGAACGAGAGCGGGAACAAGGCGGCGACUACCUAAUAGAAAUCUGCGGCCGAUAUCUGAACGUCUACGGAAUGGGGGCCUUGCGCUUCAUCGACAAACAAUGGAACACGACAAAGGCCGGCGACGUCCACACGGUAAAGUUCAGCUACAUUAACUUCAACAACAUCACGGCGAUUCUUUGUAGAAUAAAAAUUCGUUUCGUGAACGCAGAGAACUUUAUCUUUCGUGAAACGAACAUAUCCUGUCUGGGACAGAUCAACGCACUUGCCGAAAGUCAAGGAAUUGCUUCGUUGACCAUCGACCCAGAGGGGAACCCAAUUGCCAGCAAACCUUGGCGUAAUUAUGCCAUUUAUCGACUAUCACACUGGGGAUUGAAGCAGGUCAAUGGUUUAGAGAUUUCCGAAGAAGAAGUACGAGCAGCGGAAGAUAUGUAUUCUGGACUAUCCGAUUUGGUGCUGUGGUCCUUACCGGAGGGGCUGCUACAACCUCUGCUUCAGCGCCUCCGGUUAGAGGAAACAGCGCACGCCACAAAGAUGACCGCUAAAGAAUGGUUGAUGCAAGCUGACUCCUCCCUGAAGAACAUCGUCGGUAAGGAAGCACUACAGUGGAAAAAACACAGUACCAACCCAGAUGAUACGGUAAUGCGUGCAAAAGGCAAAGCAUACUUCGCACGGAUGCUUGACAACACCUGCAACGCAGUCGACAAGCUGCAGCAUCUAGAACAUAUGUGGCCAACGCUACUGGUAGAAAUGAUACGAAACACUUUGAUAGACUAUUCGCAAAUCGAUGUGUACGUGCGAAGUAUGCUACAAGAGCUGCUCAAAUGAUGUAAUGCCGCUGGAACAAGCCAUUCCAGCACUUCAACCGCCGCAACAACGACCAGUAAGAGAGUCCUAGUUCUAAGACGAAUCAAGCAGCAACGCUUCGACAGAAAAUAAUAACAAUUUUUCCGCACAUCUGUGUUCAACUAUAUCAAAUUUUUAGAUGCUUCCACACGAAGAGCUCAACUUUAGUAGACUUUACCCAAUUUACGAUAGUUAAAUUCUGUUUACAUCGGUUGUCAACAAAACAAUAGCGUAGAAAACCCUAGCGAAUCAAUUUGAUCUUAAGUUGUAAGUUUUUUUUCCCUAAAUUCUAGCGGCAAUUUUGGGCACUGUUAGUUCAGUUUACCCUACAUUCGUAAGUAACAACAAUGAUAAUACAGACGACAAUGUCAGAAAGUAAAGUAGCAAUUUACGGAAGAGCAACUCGCAAUAAAUCAAAUAAAGCAAAUACAAAC